GCGAACACUGCAGGGCAUUAAGAAGAAUGGCUUGUCGGGAUACAACAGUAGCACUAGUUUGAAUUCUCGCUCACGCGAAGAUAGUCGAUCGAACAGCUCAGGUGACGAGGGCGAAGGCUCCGACUCUGCAUCAAGCAAGAUUAAAGUCUACCGGAAAGCCACAAACUCGGAUGCCACCGUAGACCCAGACCAAUUGGAUCUGUCUACGCCGGUGCAGAAGUUCUACUCAGCGCUGCAGCUGCUGCGACUCAACUUACCACCAGACUAUCGCAAACAGAUAGACGACAUCACCAAACAGCUGUCACGCAGCUAUGACGUGUACCUGCCCUCAUCACCCUCUACCAAUGUAAAAGACAAAGAAAUCCGUUCGUAUAUGGAGAGCUUCUUCCCCACACAAGCGGGACUUAAGUUCGAUCAACAGGCGAGGGCAGGAUUGAACCGCACACUGAGUCUUGUGGGCAGGGCUGGUAGUCCUAAACCCAACUACAAGAGCGGCAAAGAAUUCAAGAAGCGACAGCUAGGAAGGGUGGGCUCUACUGGUAAAUCGACCAGUUUUGGGGAGAUUCCGGAGAUUCCGGAGGCAGAGGGCAGAUAUAGUGCGGAAGACGGGAGUUUGUCGCCGGUAUUGCAACUCAGUGUCCCAGUUUUGGACAAAAAGGAACAGCAACGGUCCGGAAAACUCAAUCGGGGCAAAGAUUUGGCCAAAACACCCGAUUUUGUGGAUAGAGACAACGACUCCGACGCAACGCCUUUGGCUGUGAUAGACCUGGAAGAAUACGACACCGUCAAAAGAGUAACACGCAAAAGUGGCACAUGCAUAGAACUCAGCUGCAGCGCUCCCGAAGAAGCCAUGGACGAACACGGGUAG